AUGAAUCUCAGUGAUGUACUAGGUAUAACGGAAGGUAUAGUUGAACCGGAUCCAUAUCUGCAAUAUCAACCAAACUUUGCAUAUACCUUACCUAUCCAAUUGUUGGUCAAUGGAAUUACAUUUACACUAUUAUGUGUGUUAUUGAUACAUCUCUUAUUCACAACGCAAUACCACUAUCCCCUCGCUCCUCUAAAUUACAUCCUCCAACUACUCUCCAUCCUCACCGUCCUGAUAUCAGUGAUAAUCAAGAUCGUCGUCAUCCUCCAACACUCAGCGGAUUCUGCUGAUAUAUGGCCAUACGAUCUCGACUAUGUGGCUGUAUCUAUCCCUCCAACGAGCUGGAACACAGGUAGAUGCGCUGCGUGGUUCUUCCUUCAAGCGCUAAAUAAUGGUUUGAGUAAUAUAACACAUAUCCAAUUUCUGACGAUGUUAUACCCCUCUCGUACGGAAGCUAGAUUAAUCAUGUUUGUUCUUGGUCCACUAGCAAUAGCAUCAUCCGCAUUGGUAUUCUCCGCUCUCUCACCUCAUCAAACCGUAUUAGACAUAUCCGAUGCAAUUCGAAACGUAUUCAACUCUACGCUCUUAUUGAUCUUCACCAUUUCCUUAGUAAUAUGGGGUUUCUUCGUCAAUCGAAGACGAGCAUGGAGGUUUGAUGGUGGUACAGCAGUAUUCGGAUUUGGGUCAUUGCUCCUUGCGGCCAUUUCUACAAGUUUCAAUUUCGUUGCGGUCGCGGAAGAUGGGAUCGACUGGUUACAGCAUUUACUAUUCGCGGCUGUAUUGUGGCAGAUCUGGUUGGGAUGGUGGUGGUGGGUUGGUAGUGGGAUGGGUAUAGGGGAGGUUGAGGACAUCAUGGAACGUGCCGAACGGAAAAAACGCAAAGCUGCCAAAGCCGCCUCUCGAGCUAGAUCAGCAGCUUCCGGUCCGGGAGGGGCAAACAAUGCCAAUGGUGCUAAUAGACUACGGGCGACCUCAUUAUCUGGUAUAGCAGAUAAUUUCACAUCUGGAGUAACUUCUAUCCUCAAGACAUCUACCAGAGUAGCAAGUCAUGCUUCGGGAACUCUGACCCGGCGGAAUACAGCUAGGGAUAGGGAUAGGGAGAACAAUGAUGAACAUCUCGCUGAAUCUGGUGCGAUCGAAUUAGACGACCUGAACCAGAAUCAAAAUCGAUCAACCCAACAACAACAACAACAUGUAGAAUUUGAUUCGAUAGCUCUAGGAAAUGAAAAUGAAGGAUCUCUUACAAACUCUCAUUCCCGCGCUAGACCAGGUCAAACUUCCACCACAUCCGAAACUUCUUCUACAUCCGCUACACCCUCUUUACAUCCUCCCAAAAACCUAUCUCAGUUAUUAUCAUUCCCUACCACACUGUUGGUGAUUUAUCUGAGAAAGUUACGUAAAGCUCAUGAAGAAGCUACCAAGCAGCAAGCUCUAGCUAGAGCCGAAAGGAGACAGAGGGUGUUCCAUGAGGCUUCUCCUCCACCUCAGAGCAGAGAAGGUAGUAGAAGGAAUUCCACGAAUCCCAAUGCCCAUGCGAUAAGGUAUGAGAGGGGGAUAGAAGAAGGUGGGGUUGACGAUAUAGGUUGGGGAUUGGGUAGGUUCGGGAUUAGAGAACAUGAAGAAUCUGCUAGAAGACUUAGACAGGCUGGGGAAAGGUUGAAUGAGGAGAGGUUGUUGGGUGGGACUGCUGGUGGGAAUGGAAAUGAAAAUGAACCGAGUGGAAGUAGAAGAGGAAGUAGAUCAAGAUCAAGGGAAGAUACACCUUCGCAAGUGCAGGUACAGGGAUCAGACGUACCUCAGCGGUUGAAGGAAAAAGAAAAUACGAGAGAUCAAAGUGAAAGACUUCAAAUACAGGGUCAAACGCAAGCUUCAGGCCAGGAAGAAGGUGAAUGGGAAGAUAUAGAUUCAUCCAAUUCAUCUUCAGACGUUAAUGCUCGGAAUAGUAAUAGGAGAAGGAAUAGAUUGACAAGGGGUAAUAACCAAGAUACCAAUGGGAAUCGGAAUGAUGAUACGCGUGCAGGAUCGGGAUGGAGUUGGUGGGGUCCAUUAAGGGAUUGGAGAUUGAAUGAUAGGUCGGCAUUUUGA